AAUAGUCCAACAGAUACCAGCAAACUUGUGCAAGACAAGACUCGGUUCAAGACGGCCAGCGCUCCCAUCUGCAACCUACUGACGUGUCCAUCUCCCGCAGUCAGAGCCGCGGAGUCCGUCUCUCUCCUGCCCGUACUUCUGCAGAGGGAUGGGUCUGCUUCUGAAGAUCUUCAUCCCCUUGCUGGGAGUGGCACUGGCCUUUUAUUUUUAUUCAGCACCUGAGAAUUUCAGUGAAGAGAUGCUCCGGGGGAAACGGGUGAUUGUGACGGGAGCCAGUGGCGGCAUUGGGGAGCAGAUGGCGUAUCACCUGGCACGCAUGGAGGCCCACCUACUGCUCACCGCGAGGACGGAGGCCAAGCUGCAGAAAGUUGUGAAGCGGUGCCUCGAGCUGGGUGCCGCGUCCGCCCGCUACGUGAGCGGCUCUAUGGAGGACACCACGUUCCCUGAGGUGGUGGUGAAGGAGGCUGAGAACACCUGGGGAGGCCUUGAUAUGCUCAUCCUAAAUCACAUUGGUUACACCUACUUCAACUACUUCGAUGGGGACGUUGCGCACAUACGAAAGCUCCUGGAGAUCAACUUCCUCAGCUAUGUGGCAAUGACCGUGUCUGCCCUGCCCUUGCUGAAGGAGAGUGAGGGCAGCAUCGUUGUUGUUUCAUCCAUGGCAGGUAAAACUGGUGCCCCAUUUAGUGCUCCCUAUUCUGCAACUAAGUUCGCCUUAGAUGGAUUUUUCAGCUCCUUGCGACAUGAAUUCAUCAUAGAUAAGGUCAACGUCUCCAUCACGCUCUGCAUCCUGGGCUACAUCGACACAGAGAACGCUGUGCGAGCGGUCUCGCACGCCAUUCGGACCACACCGGCACCAAAAGAGGAGUGCGCGCUGGAGAUCAUCAAGAGUGGGGCACUGCGCCAGCGGGAGCUACACUACCCGUCCCGGGUGGUGGGCAGCAUGCUCCUCCUCCAGGCCAUCGCCCCCGAUUUCCAUGACUCCCUCACCAGGAGCGGCUAUAAGGUGGAAAACAUCAGAAGAACAUAGCUCCCAGAGCGGCAAGUGUGCUGGGACACCUUGGGCCAGGCACGAGGGAUUUGGGUGUUAAUCUGGCUACUCAGGUGCCCUUUUCCAUGCCACCAGGGCAGCCCCAUGCUGAUGCACCCCAGCAACCCGAGACGGGAUGCGCCAGAAGCCUAUAACACACAGCAUGAAAAUGUCCUUUUUAGUAAUGAACUCUUGCAACUGGCUUUUUCUGACCAAGAAGCACUUCAGAGAAGCUCUGGGCAGCAGGAUCUGCUGCCAGCGUCCUGCUCGACCUCCAGAAACUGUUCCCCCCUCAACAGCCCCAGCGGCUGCGGUGCCGGGCACUGCAGGGAACAAGAUGAGCCACGGCCCACAAUGAGCACAAACCACCCAAAGCCAUGAGAGCGUCUUUGAACCGGGAAUUUUUUUUGUCACAUACCCCUUUUAGGCUGGUCUUUGUAAAAAUAAAUCCUAUGUUA